CGCCUCCAUGGCGACGCGGCGGAGGGGCAGCCAAAAUGGCCGCCGGCGGGCGGUGCGGGGCCGCGGGCUGGCCGCUGCUGGCCGCGCUCCUCCUGCCGCUGCUGGGCGCCGCCGCCUCGCCCCGCUCCUCGUCCUGUCACCACCGGCCGCCCGGCGGCGGGGAGGUCGUGUACGGGGUGCCCCUCGCGGAGGAUCGCCUCGUCAGGAGGGACGUGGGCCAGCGGCUGAGGAUUAAGAUCGUGUACGACAGGAGCGUGGAGGAUUUGCUACCAGAAAAAAGACACCUUAUAAAGAACAAACUUUUUCCACAAGCUAUAUCUUACUUGGAGAAGACUUUUCAAGUGCGCAAAUCAGCCGGUACUAUAUUGCUAAGCAGGCAGUGUGCAACAAACCAAUAUUUAAGGAGGAAAGCUGACCCUCACAGAUACUGCCGAGUGGCCUGUGCAAACCAUACUAGAUGCGGGCCGGUUGUAGUUCCUGAAAAACACCUCCAGCAAUGCAGGGUGUACAAUCAGAACGAACGGCACUUUGGCUUACCUGACCAAGAAGGGGUUCGAGACGCUGACUUUGUGCUUUACGUCAGUGCUCUCACUACCGAAAGGUGUGGCCAUGAAAACAUCAUUGCAUAUGCAGCCUACUGCCAACUGGAAGCUGAAAUGGACAGGCCGAUAGCAGGAUAUGCUAACUUGUGUCCAAACAUGAUUUCAACGCAGGCUCAGGAAUUUGUUGGCAUGUUGUCUACAGUGAAGCAUGAGAUUAUCCACGCACUGGGUUUCUCUGCUGGGCUGUUUGCAUUUUAUCGUGAUGAUGAUGGAAAACCUUUGACAACAAGAUACGCAGAUGGACUCCCUCCUUUUAAUGAAAGUCUAGGUUUGUAUCAGUGGAGCGAUAAGGUUGUUCAUAAAGCAGUGAGGUUAUGGGACGUACGUGGUGGCCAAAUGCUUCGUCAUACUGUUCACCUUCUGGUAACACCUCGUGUAGUUGAAGAAGCUCGUAAACAUUUUAAUUGUCCAAUCCUAGAGGGAAUGGAGCUUGAAAAUCAAGGUGGCAUGGGUACUGAGCUCAAUCACUGGGAGAAGAGGCUGUUGGAGAAUGAAGCUAUGACUGGAUCCCAUACGCAGAACCGAGUCUUUUCCAGGAUUACCUUAGCAUUAAUGGAAGACACGGGCUGGUAUAAAGCAAAUUACAGCAUGGCAGAGAAAUUAGACUGGGGACGUAAUAAAGGCUGUGACUUUGUAAUGAAGAGCUGUAAGUUCUGGAUUGACCAAAAGAAACAAAAGAGGCAAUUAAUCAGUCCAUACUGUGACACUUUGAGAAGUAAUCCUUUGCAGUUAACCUGCAGGCAGGACCAAAGAGCAGUAGCAGUGUGCAACUUACAGAAGUUUCCAAAGCAGUUACCUCAGGAAUAUCAGUAUUUUGACAAUCUUAAUGGAGUACCAGCAGAAGACUUGCCUUAUUAUGGUGGCUCAGUAGAAAUUGCUGACUAUUGUCCCUUCAGUCAAGAAUUCAGCUGGCAUUUAAGUGGUGAAUUUCAACGCAGCUCAGACUGCAGAAUAAUUGAAAACCAACCAGAUCCUACCAAAAACUAUGGUGCAGAAGAAUAUGGACCAAACUCUGUAUGUCUUAUUCAGAAAUCAGCUUUUGUCAUGGAACAAUGCAGGAGGAAACUCAGUUACCCCGACUGGGGUAGUGGGUGUUACCAAGUUUCUUGUUCUCCACAAGGGCUGCAUGUUUGGGUCAAGGACACUGCGUACUUGUGCAGCCGCUCAGGUCAAGUAUUAACUGUGAGCAUUCAGAUGAAUGGCUGGAUCCAUGUUGGAAAUCUAAUUUGUCCAGCCUGUUGGGACUUCUGUGACUCCUGUCCCCCAGAGCGGGAUCCUCCAGCUUCUAACUUAUCAAGAGUUGCACCAAUUGACCUGUGCUCCUGCUCAUCGAACCUGGUUGUAACCCUUUGGCUGUUGAUGGCUAACUUAAUUCCCCUGCUAACGGGAUUAUUUCUCUGCGCAUAGUUUCAGCAGGGAGCAAGAAGAUGUUCCAAGAUGGUAUACCGCAGUGCUGUACUUCUCACUGUGGAGCACUGAGAUUUUUUUGUCUCUGCAGGCAGCUGUCUUCUCCUGAACCUCAUCUCUCCCGGCAAGUAUCAGUGCAGACAGUAGUCGGGGAGUUACUGACAAAACAGCCAGAGUUGGAGAGGAGGAAAACUUACCUUGUCAUCUCAAUAAGUGCCAGUAUUUUUCUGAAUUGCAACCUUUGAUUUUGACACAGUAACGAGAUCCACUGUGCCAGCUGUGUUAGACUACCUGGCAACUUGAUCACGAUUUGAAAUGAGAACUCUUCUGUAGUAGAACUUGGGUUGGUUUUUUGUUAUGUUCUGUGUGACUGGUAGCAAAGCAUCCUCAGACUGUAAAUAUACCUCAGUGGUUUAGUCAAAAGCCAUGUAAAAAUCAGUUACUGCGAAUAACUCAGACCCAAACAGGUGUGGGAGGUUUUUUUUUUUUUUUUGUCCAUUCUUACAAGGU